AUGUCAAAGCCAAAGAAGAGGCGGCCCCCAGGCCGUCUUACCAUUCCAGGCCAAGCCAGCGGUCUCGGUAACGGUAAGACAGGGGGUGCAAAGAAUCUCCGGGUUACGGAAGGCUGCCACAAACUGACCUUGACAACGUAUAACGGACGCAGUCUGCGGCUGGACGAAAGUUUGAUGCAACUCGAGGUGGAACUAGAUAAAAUAAGGUGGAGGCGUAGGAUUCCUUGUCAACAAAGUUCCAGUGACAACGUGCUGGAGGUGCUCAGUGUAUCGACCAGAGUAGCGUACCUUGUCCUGAAGCUAACCGAGAGAUAUUCUCUCAAGGUUGUACAGGUGUAUACGCCGACGUCGACAUGUUCGGACAGUGAGUUCGAAGACGUGUACGAAGACGUGGGAAAGGCUCUACACAACACCACCAAGACCUACUUCACUGUUGUUAUGGGGGACUACAGUGACAUAGUGGGAGUGCGCGAAUGCGAGGAAUCGUGCAUCGGACAACACGGCAUUGGACGGCGAAACCCAAGGGGGCAAAUGCUGGUAAACUUCCUGGACAUGCAGGGGCUGUUCGGCAUGAACACUUUCUUUACGAAGAAGCCCCAUAGGAAGUGGACCUGGCAAAGCCCCAAUGGUAUGACGAAAAACGAGAUCGACUUCAUCUUGACGGACAAGAAGCGUAAACAAGAAGCGAUAUUUAGGGAUAUCUCAGUGGUCAAUAGGUUCAAUGCCGGUAGCGAUCACAGACUCGUAAGAGGUACCCUAAAUAUCGAGUUUACGGUCGAGAGAAGCCGUAUGAUGAGAUCUCUUACACGUCCAACGUUGCUCCAAAUCAUGCAUGGCUCCGAAGCGUUCCAGUUAGAACUGAGCAAUCGCUUCGCUUUGCUGGAAACCACGGUAAAUGUUGACAAGGACCCUGAAGGUGUGGUAGGAGUAAUUCGCGAAGAGGGAAUAGGGCACUUCAGAAUACAGCGAGGAGCCCGAAAGUCCAAACUCUUGACUGAGACUUUGGAAUUGAUGAGGACACGACGCAAGAUGCCAGAGGAAUCUUCACCAGAGCCUACUCAACAAAACCAUCCGCAAGUCGCCACCACCCUCGUGAACGACCCAAGAGCCACACUUUCACGCCACUUCACAGACGAUCUGCCAGAAGUGGACGAAGAUGAAAUUGGGAUGGCUCUUAAACAGCUUAAUAAUGGGAAGGCUCCCAGCGAAGACGGAACAACCUCUGAGCUUCCCAGGGCAGGAGGAGACCCAGUGCUCAGAAAGCUCAAGGAGCUAUUCAACGCCGUCAUAGCCAACGGGACUACCCCGGAGGCGUGGAGCAGAAGCGUGGAAGCAUUGUUUUUCAAGAAAGGAGACAAAACCCUCUUGAAGAACUACAGACCUAUCGCGCUCCUGAGCCACGUCUGUAAGCUGUUUUCGAGAGUUCUCACAAAUCAUAUCGACGGAAGAUUUAACGCUUUCCAGCCACCGGAACAGGCAAGGUUUUGA